UAAAUAAAGUGAUUCGAUUAUCUACCUAAUAAUUCAAUGGUUUAGAAUUUAACAUGAAAUAACUUGGACAACUUGGUAGGUACAAUGAAGUCCUUGCCAUCUUCCAAGUAGGUACCUAGAAUAAUGAAUUCUUACUUAACGCUUCAGUGAAUGGAGUGUAGCAGUGACAAGAAUCGACUAUAUUCAAAGUUUGCAUCACACGUCGCUGCCUUACCGUGAUCUCUGCUGUGUAUUGGUUAAGCCACAGUCUAUAAUAAUACUAAGCCACACCUCUUAAACGCGAUUCACCAGCACGCCCCAUCAUGAUCUCGCGAAACAUGACAAGUGAGAAAGCUGCAUCGAUCUUAGAUAAAGCCCUUUUUCACCAGUUGUCAAUGUAAACUUGUCACUCGGGUUUCCUUUGUGACUUAGGGAUUAUUUGCCACGAUAAUGGCAGAUGAAACUGCUACCGAGGUCCAGACGCCACUUCUAUUGUCAGACGAUGAGAAGCGAAUCCUAGAAUUACACGAUCGUCUUCAGCAGCUCCAAUUAGAAAUCGCCUUGUUGACAGCUCAAAAGAAUUAUGACCCGAGCACAAGUCUACUCACGGAGAAUGAGAGUAUGGAAGCGGCCCAGAAGGCCCUUCUAGACUCUAGAUCCAGAUACGUGCUGCGGAACCAGGUCGCAGAAAGCAUUGUAGCCGCCAACCCGAUUCUACAAGCAGUCCACAACGGAACCAAGGCCUCACCCAUAGAAAGGGAUUUACUUCCCGUCUUGGAGCAGCGUGACCAGUCGUCUUCAGUGUUGUCGCAACAGUCUACAGAGUUGCGAGGGCUGCUAGACGAGAUCACUGAAGUAGAAAGCCAGAGUCUGCGGCUUGGCCGCGAGAAUGUGCAACUGGCGGCGGAGCUGCUCGAUCUCGCCGAGCAGACGGACCGGAGCAAAGCGGAAGCUAUCAACAUGGACCCGGAGCGGGCGGCCGAGAUCUCGCGCCUGGAAGACCAGGUCAAGCUGAGUAGACAACGAUGGCGGGUCUUGAAAGGCACUGCGAGCGCGGUAGUUGCUGGUAGUGGGGUUGACUGGUCUAGGGAUGCCGAGCUGAGAGAUAUCGUACUCGAUCCUGAAAAUGACGACGAGGUAUGACCAAGAAAGAAUAGCUGAGAUUUCCGUGAGAGAGGCGGAAAGGAGUAGUUGUUCAAUGAUACCCAUGGGCCAUAGCAUGACUAAUAUGUACGCCAUUCUCGCCUUCGCGUAAUAUAGGACUCACCAUAAGGAUUUUGGUGUUGUCAGUAAUCUCAUCACAUGUUACUAUGUACGUAGCAACUCU